UUUUAACGGUUUAACUUUUCUUACCGUCUCCGUUGACCGUCUCUUGCUACAACUCACUGUGCUCUCCCCGUACCGUCUUUGGAUCGCAGGGAGCUUGAUGAAGCAGGUGUAGGUAAAGAUUUUACUGAUCAAUUCCUUCAGCGGUAAGCUUUUCUUACCGUCUCCGUUGACCGUCACUUACUACAACUCACUGUGCGCUCCCCGUACCGUCUUUGGAUAGCAGGCAGCUUGAUGAAGCAGGGGAUCAUGAGAGCAAAUCUAGCAUUAAUGCUGUGGACCUCUAUCUUAUGCAGAUGCCCCUCUGUAUCCUUGGUGAAAAUAGAGAUAAAAACCUCGAUGUUACAUGACACUGUUACUCUCACCUGCAAUAAGUUCUGCAGUGGCCCUAGAACAUGGAACUAUAAUGACGACCCAGUGACCCCUUGUGAGGCUGACCGUUGCAAAGAAGGAAACGGGUUUGAAAACAGAGUCAGACUCUCAAAUGAAAGUUUUCAAGGCAAUUAUUCCCUUGAUCUCAUCAUCAUUCUGGUUGAGUUCAAUGACCAGGGGUCCUAUGUUGGCACUUGUGAUGGCCAACAUUUUGAUUUCAAGCUUGAGGUUCUGGUUCCCAUAACUGUGAAUACAUCCACUGGAGACAAUGUCACCCUACCUUGCUAUGCAGCCACAUCAAAAUCGGAAGGAUGCUAUGUUUUGUGGGAGAAGAAGGGUGAGCCAGUACUGAAGCUUGAGGAUGGAGUUCUCACUCAUGGCCCCACGCUGAAGAACAGAGUGUCCGUUUCUCAGGACGGUUGCGAGAAGGGUGACCUCUCCCUUCGCAUCGCUGGUGUCCUCCCAUCUGAUCAAGGACUAUAUCUUUGCCAAUACUCUAAGACAAGAGACACAGAUCAAUUCAGAGGGGCUCCAAAUUCAGCAAGGCUCAACGUGCAACGUGCCAACGACAACGGAGAGACAUGUUCAUGGGGAUGGUACGUUGUCUUAGUACUUAUCAUUGUCGGUCUGGGAAUUCUUAAUGUAUGGAAGAGGGAAUUCCCAAGCUGGUGUCCUUGUAACGCUAGGGAUAGACCACCAGAUGGAUUUUCUCCGGUUGGGCCUAGAGAUGACAGUCCUACGGUUGCCGUGGAGUGUACAGAUAAUGACCCAGCCUCUGGACCCGGAGAGACUGACCGUGAGCUUUCCUUAUCUGAAAUGGACACUAACUGGCGAGCUCCAGUCCCGUGGACUAAAUGACUGUCCACAAUGCAAUCCACAGUCACAUGGGCUAAAAGCAUGGAGUGUUUUAAAUGCUGUCUUUUACUACACUGCUAUUUCGUUUUUGGAAAGUUACUCAGUUGUGUCUUCUCAAUGACAUGCAGCUGUUUUAAAAAAAACAUUUUUUUUUUAUUUAUGAUCACAGUGUUCCAGUGUGAACAGGCAACAAUGUGUUAUGUUCAAUGGCUCCCUUUCAAAUAUUGAGACACUUCAGUGUGGAGUUCCUCAGGGAAGCUGCCUUGGCCCCCUUCUCUAUUCUAUUUUUGUAAAUGACAUGCCAUAUGUAUUAAAAAAUGCAAGAAUGGGGAUUUAUGCGGAUGACACGACUAUGUAUGUAUCGUCAGAGAGCAUAGAAGAUAAUGAGGUGUUUCAACUAGAGUUAAAGCUGGUUUCUGAAUGGAUCAUGGAAAAUAAGCUGAAGUUGAAUGUCUUAAAAACUAAAUGCAUGGUAAUAGGUUCUAAAUAUGCUCUCAGGACAGUAAAGAAAUUAAGCCUCUCUUUAAAGGGUGCUGCUAUGGAACAGGUUAAAGAAGUCGAACUGUUGGGUGUCACUAUUUACGAAACACUGUCAUGGUCCACUCAGAUUAAUAAUACAGUGGUGAGAAUGAUUAAUGGUAUCUAUGCCAUUAGAAGGAGUGCUCAUCUGCUAACUAACACAACAAUUAGACUAGUCAUACAAUCUCUAGUUCUGUCAAAUCUGGACUACUGUCCUGUUAUUUGGUCUAGUGCAUCAAAGCAAGAACUCAGUAAACUUCAGCUUGCUCAGAACAGAGCGGCAAGACUAGCACUUCACUGCUCUGUUAGGAGUAGUGUGGAUGUUAUGCAUGCCAGGCUGUCAUGGAUGAGGGUGGAUGAAAGACUGGCAUGUAGCCUUAUUCUGUUUUUAAAUAACGUGUAUUCCUCACAGAAACCUGUCAGUUUGUCUUUACAGCUAUCACCUGCAAAUGAGAGACAUGGUUAUAAUACUAGACAGGCACUAAGUGGUCACUUUACUUUUCCUCUACCCAGAACCAAUGUACUUAAGAAAACAGUAAUGUACAGAGCCAUUGCAUACUGGAAUGUGCUCCCCUCAUAUGUGACUCUAACAAGAAAUAAAUGUGAUUUCAAAAGGAAACUUGUUAAAGAAAGUAUUAGUAUAUUUUAUCAUGAAUGUCUUUUUGUUUUAAGGUU